GAUAAAACGAGCCUCUCGAAAGCAGGAAGUGAAUUGAUAUCGAUGCUGUCCUGAGUUGCGUCUCUCAGAGCACUGAGCAACGCAAAUCAGUUGUCUAGGCAAGAGUAAAAUGCGGUUUACAGACUUUAUUAUCUUAGCAGUGCACAUAGGCAUCUCAAAAGCGCUGCAGCCUGACGGACUCAGGUUGCCUGUAGCGGAGUGGAGACAACGCGUAUCUCUGUCAGAGUUGAGCCUUUCAGCAACUGGCUUUUCUGACUCUUCCCCUUUGUCGAUAGACGACAGCCAUUGUCAAGCUUUGUCCGAAAACUUCACCCAAAAAUGCAACGCAUUUGUAAACUGUACUUUGAGAUAUGCCCAGCCAGUCGGGGUCUGUUUGAACUGUUACAAGGAGUUUUAUGACUACAAAUCCUUGUACGGCAUCAUCUCUUCACAGGAUAAAGGAUCUACAGACAACUGCAGUCAAAUCCUUCUAAAGUCAGAUCGGCUGCAGGUUUUUGUGGUCUUCAAUGAUUUUUUUCAUAUGCUCUGGGAAGAAUCUGAGUGUGAAAAUUGUGUAAGUGACACAGAGAUAAAGAAUGAUACACUUUACUUUUUGAAUGUUCUUCAGAUUACGAAGAGCUGCUUUGAUACUUAUCAGCAGCCAGGCAAUUAUUCUGAUGUUUGUAAGCAAUGCAAAGAAAAUUACAGCCAUCUGAAUGAAGUAUACAACAAGAUGGGUAAAAAUUCCACUCUUUGCAUAGACAUUGAAGAUAUGAUGAAUAUGACCCGCAAAAUGUGGAGCAAGACCUUUAAUUGUUCAUUCUCUCGACUGGAGGCAGUCCCUGUCAUUGCAGUAUCCAGCUUCAUGCUCUUUCUUCCCAUCAUCUUCUACUUGAGCAGCUUCCUUCACUCUGAACAAAAGAAACGCAAACUAAUACUCCCUAAACGUGCUGCAUCGAGUAGUAAUCUGAUGAAUAUUCAAGAAAAGAACAGCUGAGCACAAUCUAAAUUGAUGGACAAGACAAGCUAAACUAUAUGAAGCAUAUUUGAAGGGGUUGCUUAUGGAAGAAACAGGUUUUUGGCUUCCUAGUCUGUGAUGAGCUGAGAAAGCAGUAAACUGGGCUAGAUGGGAGCUAAAUGAAAUGCCUUAUUAUGUACCGAACAAGCUGAAAAUUGAUUCUGUAAUGAUGAGAAAGCAAGAAACAUGAGCCCAUUCAUGUUAUAUUUUUUAUUGAUUUAUAUUAGCAAUUUUUUGGUUUGGUUUUAUCCCGUAAAAUUAAGUGAUCUUGGCAAAGUAAAGAAAGUGUGAAGUGUGUAAGAAGUAAUGGGUCUUGGAAGACUAAAACACACAACUUAUUCUUAAAUAUUAUGAAAUGAUACCAAUAAAAUCUUCUUUAAAAUGUA